UUUUUGACCCAUUGUUCCCGCCUUGCCGUGAUGACGUCAGCACUGACGCGUUCAUUGAGCGUCGAGUCUUCAGAGCUGAGCUCGUCCUCCUACAGUGCAGCUGUAAAUACUGAAAUAUCCCCAUCAGUUUACAAGUGAAGACGAGCAUCAGACCAUCAGGAAGAAGAGAAAUCUGCAAAGACAGAGUUUAUUGAAGGACAGUGAGAAGAUGAGUGAUCCAGAACCCUGCAGAAUUAAACAGGAAGAGACUGAAGAACUAAUAGAUGUGAAGGAGGAGAGUGAAGAACUGAGUGAAGAUGAGGAGAAAUAUCAUGUCAAAAGUGAAGAAGAAACUCAAUCAGAGCCUGAACAUUUAUUUUCUCUACAAACAAACACAAACAACAAUCACAACCUGAUGGUGACGAAAGAGGAAAGCGAAGAACUGAGUGUAGACAAGGUCCAUCAUAGUGUUCAUACAGAAGUGAAGCCAAAUUCAUGUACUUUGUGUGGAAAGAGUUAUAAACAGCCGUCACAUUUACAACAACACCAGAAGAUUCACACUGGAGAGAGACCGUACACAUGUGAUCAAUGUGGGAAGCGUUUCAGACGAUCAUCAACCCUUAAUCAACACAUGAAGAUCCACACUGGAGAGAGACCACACUAUUGUGAUCAAUGCGGCAGAACAUUUUUGAGGACUUCAGAACUGAGGAGACAUCUUACAGUUCAUACAAACGAGAAGCCUUACUCAUGCUCUGAGUGUGGAAAGAGUUUUAGUCGUCUGUCAAAUCUAAAAGUACAUCAGAAGAUCCACGCUGGGGUUAAAGAGCAUGUGUGCAUUGAGUGUGGGAAGAGUUUUAUUAAUGCACAAGUACUGCAAAUACACCAGAGGAUCCACACCGGAGAGAAACCGUACAAGUGUUCACACUGCGACAAGAGAUUCAGUCUGUUACACUCUCUGAAAUCACACGAGAGGAUUCACACUGGAGAGAAACCUUACACAUGUACUGGGUGUGGAAAGAGUUUCAAAAAUUCAUCACAACUUCGUCAACACAUGAUGAUCCACACGCGAGUGAAAACGCACAAAUGUGAUCAAUGCGGCAAAGCGUUUUUGAGGCCUUCACAUCUGAAGAACCAUCUUACAGUUCAUACAAAAGAGAAAUCAAGUUCUUUAGCUCCUUCAGAAAUGUUCUCAGCUCCUCUACAAGGAUUUCCAAAUGAUUUUUCCUGUUUUCAUUCAUGAGAUAACUCAGGCAAAAAACAGUCAGUUUCUGUGUACAUCCCUUCACCAGUAAGUCCCCGGCAUACUUUAAACAAAACUGAAGAACAAACUGAAAAAUCCAUCUGAUACUGAGUUAAUUUUCAGUUUACUGUAGAAGUUCGAAUCAGAUGAGGGAGUUAAUUUAGGCUACUUAACCCCUUUGAGCUGCCAUUGGUCUGUGGUGAUUCUGCUGUCAGUGUGUCUGUUCUGGUGCUCCGGCUUCUUUGACGUGCCGUUUCUUCCCUCAAAUUAAUUUCCUAUUCCACGAGGGGUCAGAGAGGACAACAUCCAAAACAGCAAAUACACUGGAGGGUGUUUGUUGUGUUUUAUUUUUAUGGCACAUUUAAAAAAAACACAUGUUGACCAAAGUUCUUUUACAAAUCAAACAACACAAAUGUACACUUGCUUAUAUGAGCAAAAUAAGAUUCAUCACAAUCAAAAACCAGAGACAAAAGAUGAUUUUAAAAUGAGAUUUAAAAGCACCAAGGGAAGAGCGUGAUCUGAUGUAGAAAGGUAAACCAUUCCACAGACGAGGGGCUGCAACAGAUAAAGCCUCAUCUCCUUUUGAUUAAAUUGAGACUUGGAAACCACCAACUGAAACUGUUGUGCUGACCGAAGAAGCUUAGAUGAAAUAUACCGAUGAAGAAGCUCACCGUAAACUUCACACUUGGUUCAAUUGCCUGGACCAUACCCAGUUCGAUUGGGUUUUGGACAUAGAGAAAGCGGCUAACGUCUAUCUGCCGCAAAAAUAUUAUAUUCGGUCAGAACAUCAAGCGAUGUCUGCAGAAGCUGCUUUCGGAGGAGACAAGCGGACUCUAUCACUGUGUUUACCCUGUCCUGUUUGUUACCAAGGUACAGUAUAUGAUACAUUCACACACACACACACACACACACACGAAUAAAUAUUAUGUAAACGAUAGUUUGUUGUACUGUUGGCGGUUUACAUCCAUUAUUUGGUACUAUUGGUUUCAUACCCGAAUUGAACCGGACCAGAGUUUGUGUGAACCAUACCUUUAGGUGGACUCAGGUACGGUUUAUGGGUGCGCACAAGAGUUCAGAAGACACUUUCACACUAGCUAAACGUACCGUACUCUGAUGUCAAAUGAACUCAGGUGCGGACCAAAAGUGCUACUGAAACAGCAACAACUCGUACUGAAUACUGCCGUAAUCUAGCAGAUUUAUUAGUUUAUUAAGGUGCUUGCAUAGCUGUAGAUCAAUUUUGUUCUGAAACCGGGAUUAAAGUUGUUGAUCUUU